AGGAGAAGAAUGUCACUAGAACUCCCCAGCUAAUAUAGUUUUCAAUCCCCGACAUUUAUAUCACAUCACACAAUGAUCUGGAAGAAAACGAGAUGAUUUCCCGACUACCAUCUGACUUCAGACCCCGUACAACCAUGAAGGUGAUCGGCUGGGUUCUCCCUUGGUUCCUUCUGCAGCUCGGUUCCUCUCAUAUCCUGGAGUGGACCUACAAAGGGGAACUGGACGAGAGGCAGUGGGGGAAGCACUUUGUGGACUGCCUGGGGAAGCGCCAGUCGCCCAUUGACAUUCGGAAGAAGAACGUUCGGUACAACCCAGAACUGGGGGUCCUGGAGUUCCGCGGCUACGAGGGACCCCUGCAAGGAAAUUUCACCAUGACCAACAACGGGCACUCAGUUCAGAUCGGCCUCCCUCCCACCAUGACCGUCGUCAAAGGCCUCCCGGGGGUCUUCACCGCCGUCCAGCUCCACCUCCACUGGGGAGGCAUGGAUCUAGAGACCAGCGGUUCCGAACACACCAUGGACGGGAUGCGGUAUAUUGCAGAGCUCCACAUCGUCCAUUACAAUUCGGGCGCUUACGGAAGUUUCGAAGAAGCGAAAACUAAACCCAAUGGCUUGGCUGUCCUGGCUUUCCUCUACGAGGAGGGCCAUUUUGAAAACACUUACUACAGCGGUCUCAUUGCCAACUUGGCUAAAAUCAGAUUCGCAGGGCAAUCAACCACCCUCAACACCCUUGAUGUCCUGUCCAUGCUGCCAGAAAACCUGGCCCAUUUCUACCGGUACCAGGGUUCCCUGACGACCCCUCCAUGCACGGAGAAUGUGAUCUGGACCUUGUUCGACUCCCCCAUCAAGUUGUCUCACACGCAGAUUAACCUGCUGGAGAAUGCCUUACUAGAUUGGGAGAACCACACGCUGAGGAAUGACUACCGCCAGACCCAGCCCCUCAAUGACCGAGUGGUGGAAUCCUCUUUCACUGCCAAGCCAGCCCCUGAGGUGUGCCACCCAGAAACCUUCACUUCCAAACUGGACGAAAUACAGACCCAUCUCCAGGAAAUGCGGGCGUACCUUCUGGAUGCUAUGGGCAAGCCUGGCCACAAACCGGACAGUUUCCAAGCUCUUUUUUUCUCCCACCAAUACUUGGAGGGUCAUGCCGAGAUCCACCCCCGGAAGCCCAUGGCCCUCACAAACUUCACCCUUUGUUUCUGGAGCCAGAAUCUGAAACAAGGGAAGCAAACCGUCUUCUCCUACUCCACCUUGGAAAGGGACGAUGAGCUGGUGGUCACCGUGGGGGCGGACGUGGGGGUGCGGAUCGGCGGGCACCUGGUACAAUUUGAGCUCCACCACUGGACCGAAGGCUGGGUCCCUUACUGCCUCACCUGGGCCUCCCACUCCGGCACAGUCCACUUGUGGAUCCACGGAGCCGUGGGGACGGCGAAGAACAUCCAGAAAGGUUACGCGAUCCAGAGCGGAGGGGUGCCCAUCCUUGGGAAGAAUAAGAACGCCUUGUUCAAUGUCUUCAGCGAUGCCUUUUCUGGAUGGAUGAGCCACGUCAACCUGUGGAGUCACGUCCUUCACAAGGAGGUGCUACAGGAACUCACCCUCUGCCGGCACCGGGGCCACAAGGGGGACGUCAUCGCUUGGGGCGAAACGCCCAUGGCCUUGUUUGGUGGGGUGGUCCUAGAUGCUGACCCCAGCUGCAGGUGAUGCGGUUUCUGGAAGCGAGGCCGUCUUGGGAAUCCAAGAAGGGCACCGCUCCGUGCUCAACGUGCUGCAUUAAUUUUCCUCCCAGCUGUAAGAUGUGCAGGCUGCUUCUCUGCUGAUGCUCGACGCUGCUAUGAAUCACUUCCUGGCUGCCCCUCAGCCCCGUGAGGGUUUGCACGGCCAUCCAGUUGCAGGGGGAAUUCAGGACAAGGUGAGGAGGAGGAGGAGGAGGAAUUGCAAACAUCCUACGUCCAUUGUUGGCUGUUAGCUCGUAGCAGCAGCACAAAAAUACAGGCGAGGGUAGAAAAGGAAUCGUCGCUGCCGCUCUGCACGGUUCCCAGAACCUGCAUAGACGGAUCGAUCGCAGGGAUAUCUCACUGAAGGGUGGGAUGUCCCUGCAGAAUUUAGGAAACAGUCAAGGUUCAUGCAAAAUUGGUGAUUUUUUUUUUACUGCCUUCCUGAAAAGAAAAAGGGAGGUCCCCAGGAUCAUCCUGUGGACAGGGGAAUGGAAGAGAUCGAAGAACAUCAUUAGAAUACUGUAGUUGGUCUUUUCUUUCUGCUAGGGGGUGUGUUGGGAUGAUGAAAAUAGCAGCAGACCCCUGGUGGUUUAUUUCCCAGGCUUCACCUCUGCCUGCCUCACAGGUCCUUUGCAUGGCUAGAGAAUCAAGGCCAGUCUUAGUGGCCAUAGGGCCCGGCAUUUCUAGUUUUCCCGUAUAACUUUCAGAAGGGUAGAUUUCUACAAAUCUUCAUGGUUAUUAUAUCUAUCUUGAACCCACGCCCUUCAGGAUCCCAGCGUGUGCGGAUGCAUGCUUGUGAAAUGUGACUUGUCUGUGCACACCUGUGAAACCUUCUUUUACACGGAGGGCGCAACCCUCCUGAUCAUGCAUUCAAGGCCCUUUCUUGGGCCCCGAUCAGCCUGCACGAUGCUAAUAAAACCCGUCUGCAUUUAA